AUGACAGGCCUCCCCCCCAAACCCAACUUUCAACCUGGUCCUUCCGCUCCUUCGUCCAAUCGACGUGUUCAAUCAUCCUCGAACCCACCCUUGCCUCAAUUCCCUCACAGUGGAUAUCCAUGGCCCAUUCCGACAUAUCCCCCCCAACAUUCUUUCGGCCAGUCUCUCUUUACGUCACAUCGUUCCGUUCCUGCUUAUAUUCCGAAUGCAUACUCCUCAAAUGUAGGAGCAAGCUAUGUGAAACGUCCACGAGUGAAUAACGGGCAGAAUAGAUCCGGUGGUGGGGUCAAAGCAUGGAGGAAUUGUUCGUUUCCCGGAUGUAAAUUCGUAGGAUCGGGAGAAGAUGUAGAAGUUCAUGAAGGUGAUAGACAUUUGAUCUUUCGGAAUGGACCCAAAGUGGAGAGGAGUGAAGAGGAAGAAAGGUUUGCUAAACGUAAUGGACCAAACCCCGUAAUUCAAGGUACGAACAUCACCCUCGAAACUCAAGAGGAUAUAGAAAAGUGGAUAGCAGAGAGAAAGAACAAAUGGCCUUCUGCCCAACGGGUUGCGGAAAAGCAAGAAGAGCGAAGGGCUGCUAUCGAACGUGGUGAAACUCCCGGACGAGGGAGAGGAAGGGGCGGUGGUAGAGGUAUGGGCAAGCGAGCUAGGGAUCCAGCGGCUAUGGCUGAAGACUGGGGACGACCGGUCGACUCUUCCUCUUCCCAUUCACGCGGAGAGGCCUUUCGAGGUCGUGGUAGGGGUAGAGAGAGGGGACGUGGAAACAGGGGUGGACGUGGACGAGGCACAUGGAAAGGAGGGUAUCACGGUGAUAAUGAAGACCACACUGCUCAGAACAAUCCACAACUACCACAAACCUCGAUUUUGUCGUCAUCCUCUAUCACGCCGUCUCAAGCACCUUCAGUGUCGACGUCGGGUCAGACCAUCACAAGUUUGGCCGCUUUGGGCGACUACGACUCUGAUGAUUCAGAUUCAUCAUCAACCACGUCGGAUUCAAGCUCUGACUCAGACUCGGGAUCAGACACGAGUGACAGCGAAAGUAACGCAACGGUAAUCAAAGAAGAGGUGGUGAUAUUGGAGGAGCCCAAGGCGAAUGCCCCGACAAAGCGGAUCUGCAAGUUCUUCGCCAAGAGUGGUCGAUGCAAGCAUGGUGAUAAAUGUCAUUUUGCUCAUAUCAAACCCGAUCCAGGAUCCAUGACAAAAGGUCCAGUAAAACAUCGAGGAGCCGGACUUCCCAGACAGCCUCAGCAAAAGAAGGUCAACCCAUUUGAACGUCCCAGUAUGCUCGGAGCUUUGCUGGCGACCCCUAUACAGAACACAGUAUCCCAGUUGUCACAAACCAUCCGGUUCUUAGUGGCGAAUGACAUGCUUGAAGGGGUCGAACUAAAACCUGGUCAGGCGGAAGAGGAGGAGAAGAAGAGGAAUAUGAUCAAAGUUAUCGACUCUCAAACCGAGGUUGAGGGUGAGAGUGAAGAGUCUCCACUCCCCAAGUAG